CAGGUCCAGGAGAAAAUGUCUCAGCCUUUAUUUAUUUAUUUACAAGUCUAUCUUCAAGUCCAGUCAGUCUGAGAAAUCACCAUGAGUGUCUAUUCAAGCAGGAGGAUCGAUGGCAUGAAGCAGCCAGACCGUGUCCGUUUUAUAGUUUGUGGCGGUGGCUACACCUGUGACCAUGAGCGGGUUAAUACUGAAUGUCUGGCUGACAGCAGGACAGAGGGAGGAAAGGGAAGCUUAAAUGAGUGAGAGGCAGGGGGCAGAGAGGAGGAGGAGUGACAGAAUGAUAGAGUGAAUUAAUUCAACCUUGGCCAGCCCUGAUUGACUCAGUAGCAAACUGGCAUGUACAAACAUUCACAGUGACACCAAAGCCAUGGAGAGAGAAAAGAGGAAUGACAUGUCUUUCUCCAGAAAGAGAAGUUUCACUUUUGGGGCAUAUGGAGGUUCUCACUUCCUUGUUUACAGUGUGGACAAAUUCACAUGUGGGGAUGAGACGAGACCUGAAUCUGCAGAGGACAACAUACUGGACAUCAGGGACUCUCCUGCCAGUGACAGAAAGCCUGUCCUCUCAGCCAGCAGCAACCAGAGGGACACAGAGCUGUUUGAAAUAAUUGAAAAGCUGCAGGGCAGCAGGAUCGAUGAGCAGAGGUGUGAAUUCCCACUUCCGCUGAAGUCUCAUCUUUUAAAGAUAGGUGGAAGAGACCUGCCGCUCAUCCUCCCUCCGAAGCUGGGGGGCUUCUGGAUAGACCCCCCUCUGGAGAGGCUUGCAGAUGUGAGUCCCACCUCCUCCCACUGUGGCGUCGAUCCAGAGAGCUACGACAUCAUGGAGAGAGACGGGGAGGCCAAAAUCUACCACGAGUUCUUCCGCUCGCAUUACCAUCACUCAUUCACAGCAGUGGAUCCAUCUUUGGGGCCUCUGGUUCUCUCUGUGUGUUUGGAGGAAGAGGAGAGCAAGCUGCGGGUGAUACUAAGAAUGAAGCAGUGCACUCUGCAUGGAGUUUUCUCUGUCUCUCUUUUCCCCAACAUCCCAUCUGCUGUUGAAUUAGCAAAGAUGCUCUGUGACAGAGUGACUGUCUCAAAGUUUGAAGUGGUCAGCUACCUCAAGGCUCCAGAACUCAUAACUGCAUUUGAUGAACACAGAGUGUCUCCUAAUUUCAAGUUUGGCAUUUUGUACCAAAAGGACGGGCAGUUCACUGAGGAGGACAUACUUUGUAACAAUGAGGAAAGUGAAGAGUUUAAAGAGCUCCUUUCUAUUUUGGGAGAGACGGUUCAACUGGAGUUUAGAAGUCUUUAUGGCGUUGAUUUAUGUCCAUUUUUAGAUGUUGUUGAGCGGAUGAUUUUUUUCUUUCAUGGGAGAGAAAUCAUGUUCCAUGUCGCAACUAAACUGCCUUUUACAGAGGGCGACCCGCAGCAGUUACAAAGAAAAAGACACAUUGGUAAUGACAUUGUAGCUUUGGUCUACCAGGAGAGCCAAACCCCGUUCCUGUCUGAUGUUAUCAAGUCACACUUCCUGCACUGUUUCCUGGUGGUCCGGAGGAUUCAGGGUCCGGAGGAGAAGACAGGUGAAACUGCGUACCAGGUGGCUGUCACAGCCAGAGAGGAUGUUCCUCUUUUUGGUCCGUCCCUCCCAGAUCCUCCCAUCUUCACAGAUCGUUCCCUGCUGAGAGAAUUCCUUCUGACCAAACUCAUCAAUGCUGAGAUUUCCUGUUAUAAGGCUCAACAAUUCAGCAGGCUAGAGCUCCGCACUCGUUCGUUGCUCCUGGAGAGCCUGCAGGCUGAACUCUCGACCCGUUCCCAGUGCAUGAUGGGGGAUCCAUCUCUGUCUGUUCUCCCAUCUUCUGAGGCUACACGGGGGGUGUCUGAGGGAAGUGGAGGAUUCAUUGAAAACUUUAAGAGAGCCAUAAGAGUGCGGAGUCACUCUUUCGAGACUCUUGGGGUGCCAAGGAAGGUUGGUGGCAGUGCAUCACAGAAGCCAAAGACAGAUAAAGACGGAGAGAGUGACAAAUCUCCAGGACCUCUGCCUGCUGACAGUCAGGGGCCAGCUGAACUCAAAGAUCAAGCAAGUCCUCAAGAAGAGACAUAAAAGGAAAUAUCAAUUUGUAGAUUUAAGUGUUUAUAUAGUUAUACAUUGCUAGCCUAUGGUUACUACUUUCUUAUCCUGUUGGAUGGCUUAAAUGUAAAUAGAGUGUAAAAGUAAAUAGUAUUUUUGAGAAUAUAUUUAUUUUACUGUCAUAGCAGUAUUCAACAUUUCUUAAAAGCUUAACAUUGUAUUUCAGUGAAAUGUUUAAGAUAUAAAAUGGCCAGGAUAGGCUUAAAUGUUUUGAGUUUACACAGUUUUGAAUGUCAAUAAAACUCUUUCUUUAGAGGAAGUGGAGAGGAGAGAGAGUUAAGGAACAGCAAAGGAAAUUAUAUUAAGAUUAGCACAAUAUGCAGAAAAUGAAGAAUGGUGAUUGUUUUGUUGAUGACGAUACAUAUAAUGAUACCAGUAAAACAUGAUUAUUAAAGAUAGUUGAUGUUGGCAAUUUAGGAAACCAACAUGUUAUACUGAAUGCAAAAAGAAGCAGAAGAGAUGAAGGAGAAUAUACUACCAGUAAUUGAAGAAGUAUUCAGAUCUUUUUCGUAAAUAAAAAUACUUUGAGUAAAAUUCUGAUUAAACAUAUUAUCAUCGAAAUGUA